AUGUUGAAAUUCUACUCAGUUGCCAAUGCAAAUGGCCAGGCAUCCCGAGAACCAGCUCCGAUGAAAAGCAUUUUGUCAACAUCGGUGAAGACACGACGGAAGAAUUACUCUGUCCGUCAGCCCACAGUACAGAUUGCACCAGAUGAUGAAAAUCUCGUCAAGUCUCAACAAGAAUAUGUGAGACGCCAGCUGCAUUUGAUCCGGCGAUGGAUCAAAAGGACAGAGGGUUCAAAGAUGUCACGUCGCGACCCACACUAUCGGACGCUACCACCCCCACGAUCACGCCCACCACUCACCUCAACCCCAAAACACUCUCGCCCACCGCUCGCCUCAAGAUCGAAGUCAGAACCAGGCUGGCAUGCUCGAGAAUGGGUGGAGUCGACCACACUGAGGAUGAAACUCGUAAUCAACGAACGCGGAAUGCUCGAACUUGAUCUCUCGGAUCGAAAAUUGUACGACAUACCGAAAGAAACGUUCAACUUUUCUCGGAUACAAACACUGAAAAUCUGCCGCAAUAAGAUAUCUAUCGUCCCAAGUGCUAUUGGUCAGUUACGGAAGUUGCAGAUUUUCGAUGCGCAUUUGAACGCUCUAAUGCAAGUUCCGGAUACAAUCUGUAACUGUCAGCAUCUUUACGAGAUGGAUUUGUCUAGCAACAAACUACGCAUGCUCCCACCACAGAUCGGGCUCCUUCGUGAGUUGAAAGUCUUACGCCUCGGACGCAAUCAAUUCGAGCAUCUCCCAAGCGAGUUAGGCCUGUUGGAAAAUCUCCGCACUUUAGACGUCCAAUCAAAUCGGUUAACAAUGCUACCGUUCACCCUAGAGAAUUUCAAGAAGUUGACAAGUUUGAACUUCAGCAGUAACAAAAUAGACAUCUUUCCCCAUCAGCUGUGCCAAGUGAAAAGUCUACAGGCAAUCUUCGCAAGGCAUAACAUGUUAAAGAGCCUCCCGAAUGACUUCCAGAAUCUAAAACUCCUCCGCGAGUUGAAUCUCCAACAUAAUCAAAUGGACUCCUUCCCCAAUGUCAUCCUGGCGUUAAAAAAUCUCGCGUAUUUGAAUCUGUCGCAAAAUCGCAUCAAGGCGCUACCGACGCUGAUUUCGAAACUUGCAAAGUUGAAAAAUUUUCACAUCGAGGGGAAUAAGAUGCAGAGUCUGACAUGUAAUUUUGAAAGUCUUGAGAAUUUGAACGCGUCGGAUAACCAUAUUACUAACUGUGCCCUGAUUCAGGUAAAGGCGUUGAAGUAUUUGAAUUUGAACAACAACCAGCUGGAGAACCUCCCGCUUGGCGUCUGCCAGCUCGGGAACCUUGAGGUGCUAAAACUCAGUCGAAACAGAAUACAAUACUUAUCAAAAGAUGUAGAACUGUUGAAGAAUCUUCAACACUUCGAUAUUAGUUUUAACAAACUUACAAAGCUACCCCAGGUCAUCAACGAGUUGGAAAAACUGGAAUAUUUCAACGUACGAGGGAACAAGGUCGUGAAUCAACCGAUUUUGUUGGAGAAGGUCCACUUGGAUAAUGGGAACCCAAGGAGUAGCUACGUGAAGCAUUUGAUUGAGAAGUAUAAUUCGGAGCGUAAGGGUGCAAAACAGUCUUGGUGGAGUCGCCGAGGGGCGAAGGGGGAGAAUAAAUCGGUGCAGGCCACGGUGGGGGUGAGAGAUUCGUCACCGGUGAGACGGCAGUACAGGCGUCACAGGCAACAGCCGCAGUAUCACGACUCGAGCACGGACACCAGGACUCAUAAACAGGAAGGGACAGGUUGGUAUGACGUCCGUGGAAUAAGCAGCGAGGAUACCACACCAAAGCGGACAGCUGCAAUUUUGACUACAACACGACCAGCCCGUUCUGGCCAACGGGAAACGCCGACGAGAUACAGGCCUCUAUCUGACCAACCCCGCCAACGGCCGAGAUCACGGGGGCGCACACAGACGCCAUUCAUGCGCCGUAAAUUAGUCUUCAAGGACGACGAGGAUACGGUUUUAAGCGACGGCAACUGGACCCUGAUACCGAAAGACGGUGACGACACUCCUGACGAGAACGGUACUAGACAUAUUACGUCAAGUUCGGACGAGGAACCGGUGCUGUCGGAGUCCGUUUACACACCAGUGAAGCCUCGCGAUACUGUGAGGACGGACUUUACCCUGUUAGGAUUGUGUAACCAGAUUGAGUCGUUAUUGUCACAGCAGUUACUCAAGCCAGUCAUAUCUCACAAGGGAAACUUUGGUAGACACAGUAUGAGCAGCCUGUCCCCGACCUCCCAUCCACCAAUCACAACAGAGACAUACCACGCAGACUGGAAAAUACCCGAUAAAAUCCGCGACCUGCGCAAUGGUGACGUACGAGGCAACCUUGUC